CCCUCGUGCCGGAAGUUGACAUUGGCGGAUCCGGGUGACACCGGUGACUCACGGAAGGUUAUGUACGAGAUUUAGCGGGUUAUAGCGGAGUUUCUUUUGUCGUUCAUGUGUAUGAAUCAAUCCCUGUAAAAUCGCCGCUUCCCCGCGUUUAUGAAGAGAGGUGUCUCCAGCUGCAGUCGGAGGUGACACAGCCUAAACAUCACAUUUAUACACACACACACACCAGUGUCUGUACAAACCUGCACACAGCUGGGAUCGUCCGACGGAGCACAGAUGACGAGAGGCCUCGGUGGGUUGUUCAGAGGCGUUCAGAGCCUGACGUCCCUCCCAGCCACGAGGGCUGGACUCGGCCAUCCGUCUGCCUGCGUGUCCCUCAGGACCAUGGUGGCGCUGCCAUCGUUUCUUUCCUUCGAGCCCCGGGACUUCAGCCUUCCCAACUCGUCAUGGAGCUCUGAAAUGUUGCGGUUGUAUGAGCAGUACAGCAUCCAGUGUGAGGUGGAGACAGAAGGAGGAGAGAACCGUGGAGGGCAGUGGCAGAGACUGCCAAGCUACAAUCGCUCCCUCAAGUAUGCUACAGGUGGAAAUUAUCUCAGUAAGAUUAUCCAGUCAAAAGCUCGUUUAUUUACGCGCAAUAUUAGAGAUCCGGGGGCCGGAUUUGAGUAUGUUGUGUUCGCAAACAAAGAGGAGAAGAGGUGUGUGUGCAUUUUCCAAGCUGGACACCGUCUAGAGGGUCCGCCAGGUCAUGUCCAUGGGGGGGCAACAGCCACUAUGAUUGACACGGUGACAGGGAGUCUUGCUGCUCUAUUGUCUGGACCUGUUAUGACCGCCAACCUCAACAUCAACUAUCGCAGUGCUAUUCCACUGGGAAGUACAGUGUUGAUUGAAACAUCUCUGGAUUCGGAGGAAGGCAGAAAAAAGUUUAUUUCAUGCAAAGUGACCAGCACUGAUGGCUCCAAACUGCACACAGAAGCAACAGCUCUGUUCCUGUCAAUCAAUAUCAGCCACCUAUUACAGGGAGGUUGACACCAACGCACCAGCCUAACCUCUACCCAAGCCAUGUCAGCAAGCUGACGCGUGCGCUUGUGCGUGCACUUGUGCGUGCGCUUGUGCGUGCGUGCGUGCGUGUGUGAGAGAAUGUGUGAGAGUCACUGAUGUGCAGGGUUUUUUCAGGAGUGGGUAUUUAUUUGCCAGGCUAUUCAAGAUAUACUUCAAUUUUAUUUUAUUUUUAUUGUAAUUACGUACUUGUCAGUAUGUGAUUACUUACUAUUUCAUGAAGUCCCUCUGCUUGACCUCCUCUGCUUAUUGUUACUCACAUAUCAACAAUACACAAAUUUUUACUUUAUUGAUUGAACUAAAUGUUAAGAUUGAUUGCAUAUUGGGCUUAGUUUUUCGCUCUAAAUGUACUGUACAUUAACAUUUUGUUUACACCAAUAAAGCCUUACCUGAGGGUAUUGUAAACAUUA